CUGGAUCCCCGCAUCCGCCACACUCGUCAAGCCGGCAAUCGCAGUUCCGGGGUAUCUAUCUCAUAUGAGGCGAAACUAACUUAUCAAAUCACAAUGUCUGCCGUGCUCGAGCCAAAGGUGACCACCGAGAUCCCUGGACCUCGCUCCAAGGCCGAGGCCGAGAAGGUUGGCUCAUUCUUUGAUAACCGGGCUUUCUACUUUGUGGCCGACUAUGACAAGAGCUCGGGCAACUACAUCGUCGACGUGGACGGCAACCAGUUCCUGGACGUCUACUCCCAAAUCGCCUCCAUCCCCGUAGGCUACAACAACCCGGGCCUCAUCAAGGCCGCCCAGUCCCCCGAGAUGGUCUCCGCGCUGGUCAACCGCCCGGCCCUGGGCAACUUCCCCUCGAGCCACUGGCACGACUCGCUCAAGAACGGCCUGCUGAGGGUCGCCCCCGCCGGCUGCGACAAGAUCUUCACCGCGCAGUCCGGCUCCGAAGCCAACGAGCUCGCCUUCAAGGCCGCCUUCAUGCUGCACCGCCGCAACCAGCGCGGCGAGGGCGUCGACUGGUCCGCCAGCGACAUCAGCUCGUGCCUCAACAACGCCAAGCCGGGGUCGCCCGACCUGGCCAUCCUGAGCUUCGCCAACUCGUUCCACGGCCGCGGCUUCGGCAGCUUGAGCGCCACGCGGUCAAAGGCCGUGCACAAGCUGGACAUUCCCUCGUUCGACUGGCCGCAGGCGCCGUUCCCGGCGCUCAAGUAUCCGCUCGACAAGUUUGCCGCUGAGAAUGCGGCGGAGGAGAAGAGGUGCCUUGAGAAGGUGGAGGAGCUCAUCACUUCAUGGCAAUUCCCCGUUGCUGGCUUGAUCGUCGAGCCCAUCCAGAGCGAAGGAGGCGACAACCACGCCUCCCCUGCCUUCUUCCAGGGCCUCCGUGACAUUACCCAGAAGCACAACGUCACCAUGAUUGUCGACGAGGUCCAGACCGGCUUCGGCGCUACCGGCAAGUUCUGGGGCCACCAGCACUGGAACCUGACGUCGCCUCCCGACAUCGUGACCUUUUCCAAGAAGGCCCAGACCGCGGGCUACUACUUCGGCAACCCCAGACUGGUGCCCGACAAGGCUUACCGCCAGUUCAACACCUGGAUCGGUGACCCAGCUCGCGUCCUCAUGAGCAAGGCCGUUGUCGAGGAGAUUCUCUCCAAGGAUCUCGUCAACCAAUGCGCCCGCGUCGGUGUCGCUCUCUACAACGAACUCGAGCGCCUCGCCACGAAAUACCCCGAGCUCAUCAAGAACCUCCGCGGCAAAGGCCAAGGAACAUACAUCGCCUUCGAUACAAAGGACCCCGCCUCCCUCGUCAAGAACAUGAGGUCCCUGGGCGUCAACGUCGGCACAUGCGGCACCCAGACGGUGCGACUCCGCCCGAUGCUCAUCUUUGAGGAAGCUCACAUUCCCCUUUUGAUUUCGGCUUUGGAUAAGGCUCUCGGAUCAGCAUAGGGAAACAAAAGUCGAGAGAGGGACGUGAUUUGGGAGCGGAUAAGGCAUUUUUGUUAGGAUAAAGCGUU